AUGGAAAUUCCUUGUGGUUUCAGUAGUGGAUGCCAACUGAAUGCUGGAGCAGCGGGUACUUAUUUUGAUGCAUCUGUACUGAGUCUGCGAGUUAGUAAUGACAAUAUUACUACCGAAACAGAGACUCCUUUGUUGGAUUUCUCUACUAGUCCUCUCUGGACAAAUGUUUAUGUGGAAAACAAUGCUAAAGUUUUGGUGCCUUUGCUCUGGACAAGAGUUCAGGGUCAUUGUCUUUUGGUCAGCUCUUCUCUUUUGGAUUAUUUCUUUGCUCUUGAGCUCUUUAUUUUUGUAUGCAGGAAGGGAUUUGGUAUCAUCAGUGCAGCUGGUGGUAGAGGAUGGGGUGGUGGGGGAGGAGGAAGGAUUUCUCUGAAUUGUUACAGCAAACAAGAAGAUGUAAAAGUCACCGUGCAUGGUGGUUUCAGUAGUGGAUGCCAACUGAAUGCUGGAGCAGCGGGUACUUAUUUUGAUGCAUCUGUACUGAGUCUGCGAGUUAGUAAUGACAAUAUUACUACCGAAACAGAGACUCCUUUGUUGGAUUUCUCUACUAGUCCUCUCUGGACAAAUGUUUAUGUGGAAAACAAUGCUAAAGUUUUGGUGCCUUUGCUCUGGACAAGAGUUCAGGUUAGAGGCCAAAUUAGCCUACUUUAUGGAAGCAGCAUCAGUUUUGGGUUGUCUGAUUAUCCAGUCUCUGAAUUUGAGCUUGUAGCCGAGGAACUGCUGAUGAGUUUUUCUGUGAUAAAGGUGUAUGGUGCACUCAGAGUUGCUGUUAAAAUGUUGCUCAUGUUGAACUCCAAAAUUGAAGUUGACGGUUGUGGAAAUACAGUUGUUACCACUUCUGUCCUUGAGGUCCGGAAUCUUGCAGUUCUGAAGGGCAACUCUAUCAUCAGUUCAAAUGCAAAUUUGGCUCUCUAUGGGCAGGGACUUCUUGAAUUGACUGGUGAUGGGGAUGCAAUCAAAGGCCAACGAGUUUCCUUGUCCCUAUUUUAUAACAUUACGGUUGGCCCAGGAUCUUUGCUUCAAGCUCCACUGGACAAUGGUAGCAGUAGAAGCAUGGUAACAAAAUCUCUUUGUGAGAGCUCUGACUGCCCAGUGGAUUUGAUAACCCCUCCAGAUGAUUGUCAUGUUAAUUAUACAUUGAGCUUCUCACUGCAAAUUUGUCGUGUUGAAGACAUUCUUGUGAGUGGUGUAAUUAUGGGGAGCAUUAUUCACAUCCACAGGGCAAGAACUGUCAUUGUGGACAGUAUUGGCAUGAUAACUGCAUCAGAGUUUGGUUGCAGUAGUGGUGUUGGUCAGGGAAACUACUCACAUGGGGCUGGUGGUGGUGCUGGACAUGGAGGAAGAGGGGGCUCUGGAUUUUAUAAUGGGAUCCUCAGUAAAGGUGGCCAGAGAUAUGGUAGAGCAGAUCUUCCUUGUGAAUUAGGAAGUGGUUCUGAGGUUCCAAACCUGUCAUGUGGAAAUAUCUCUGGAGGGGGGAUGAUUGUAAUGGGAUCUAACCAGUGGCCACUCCUAAGGCUUGAUAUUCGUGGAUCUGUGAGGUCCGAUGGUGAAAGCUGUCGUAAAGCAGCAACAAACAGUAAUGGCAGUUUGAUUGGAGGACUUGGUGGAGGUUCUGGUGGGACAAUUCUUCUGUUUUUGCAAUCACUUGCCCUUUAUUUGAACUCCUCUUUAUCUGUUGUUGGAGGCCAUGGUGGACCUCUCGGCGGUGGUGGCGGUGGAGGUGGAAGAAUCCAUUUUCACUGGUCAAAUAUAGAUGCAGGCAAUGAAUACGUCCCACUAGCAACUGUAAAUGGUACUCUCAGCAACAGUGGAGGAGCUGGCAAUGGAGGUGGUCUUCGUGGAGAGGAGGGCACUGUUACUGGGAAAAAGUGCCCUACAGGUCUGUAUGGUACAUUUUGUACGGAAUGCCCUGUUGGCACAUACAAAGAUGUUGAAGGAUCUGAUGAAAAUCUCUGCAAACCUUGUCCCCUUGAGCGCCUUCCUAGUCGUGCAUUUUUUGUCUAUGUACGAGGGGGUGUUACCAAAUCAGCUUGUCCCUACAUAUGUAUAUCUGAAAAGUACAGAAUGCCCAACUGCUAUACCCCUUUUGAAGAGCUGAUACAUGCUUUUGGAGGUCCCUGGCCAUUCUCACUCUUAUCGGCGUGUCUUGUACUCCUUCUAGCUCUAGUAUUGAGCACUUUGAGGAUCAAAUUGAUUGGGUCAGGAUAUUCAUAUGUCAAUGUGAAUUCAAUUGAGCACCAAAAUCAUCAUCAUUCUCCUUAUCUUCUUUCUUUAUCUGAGGUCCGAGGUACCAGAGCUGAAGAAACUCAGAGCCAUGUCCACAGGAUGUACUUUAUGGGUCCCAAUACUUUCAGAGAACCUUGGCAUCUUCCCUAUUCGCCUCCCAAUGCAAUUGUUGAGAUUGUGUAUGAAGAUGCUUUCAACAGAUUUAUUGAUGAGAUCAACUUGGUUGCUGCAUAUGAAUGGUGGGAAGGGUCAGUGCAUAGUAUAUUAUCAGUUCUUGCUUAUCCUUGUGCCUGGUCCUGGAAACAAUGGCGUCGGAGAAAUAAAGUCCACCGUCUUCAGGAGUACGUUAAAUCUGAGUAUGAUCAUUCUUGUCUACGAUCCUGCAGAUCACGAGCAUUAUACAAAGGAAUGAAGGUUGGAGCAACGCCAGACCUGAUGAUUGCUUAUAUAGAUUUCUUCCUUGGUGGAGAUGAGAAGCGUAUGGAUAUUGUAACGAGUAUGCAGAAGAGAUUUCCUAUGUCUAUUAUCUUUGGUGGGAAUGGGAGCUAUAUGUCACCCUAUAAUCUCCACAGUGACACACUAUUGACAAACCUCCUUGCUCAGCAUGUUCCUACAACUGUCUGGAACCGUUUGGUUGCGGGGUUGAAUGCCCAGCUGAGAACAGUAAGGCAGGGAUCAAUCCGUUCUACUCUGGUCCCUGUUAUUAGUUGGAUCAGAAGUCAUGCAAAUCCCCAGCUUGACUUUCAUGGUGUUAAAAUUGAGUUAGGAUGGUUCCAAGCCACUGCUAGUGGGUACUAUCAGUUGGGUAUUUGGGUCAUAGUUGGUGAUUAUUCUCUCCAUGAUGUCCACCAGUCUGAUAUUUUGGACAGUGGUGAUGAGUGCUCAAGAAAAUUCGCCACCAUAGAUAAAUGCCAUCGGAAAGCACAGCAUGGCCAUCUGAGUACAAGUCAUUCAUUAUUGCGCAAAAGGACUACUGCUGGAAAGAAUGGUGGUCUUAUAAAUGACAUUACCUUGAAAUCACUGGAUUUCAAAAGGGACUAUCUUUUCCCUUUUUCUCUUCUGUUGCAUAACACCAGGCCUGUUGGCAGAGAGGACACGAUUCAGCUGCUGAUCUCUAUCAUGGUCUUGGCAGACCUUUUCGUUACCCUUCUUAUAUUGCUUCUGUUUUACUGGAUGUCACUUGGGGCUUUUCUUUCUGUACUGCUUAUCCUACCCCUAUCAUUGCUUUCUACUUUUCCAGCUGGUCUGAAUGCCUUAUUCAGUAAAGGUGCCAGGAGAGCUUCACUUGCUCGUGUCUAUGCAUUGUGGAAUGCAUCCUCAUUGUCAAAUAUUGCUGUUGCAUUUAUCUGUAGCGUAAUUCAUUAUGCAGUUUCGUAUUUGAAGCCCCAUCCAGAUACUAAUGCAUGGAAUUCCAGACGGGAGGACGACGAAUGGUGGCUUUUGCCUACUAUCUUGGUGAUAUUCAAGGUUGUUCAGGCUCGAUUUGUAGAUUGGCACAUAGCAAACCGAGAAAUCCAAGAUUUUUCUCUCUUCAGUCCUGACCCGGAUACUUUUUGGGCAUAUGAAUCGGUGUCUUGAUGCAUUGUAGGAGGGCUUUUUGAUGAGGAAAAAGUGUGUGGCUGUUCGUUUGCAGUCUUUCUCAUGAUUAGUCGUGUAUAUAUGUUUAGGUUUGUGUAAAGCUCUAGUAUAGCUGUGCAGGUUUUGUUUACUUGUAAGUAUAAUAGUUUUGGAAGAGCAUAUAGAUGUCCAGAGAGAGAGAGAGAGAGUUCAACAUUGAGGGAGGUAAUCGAAUAUAGAUUGGAUGCACAUAUAAUAUAUAUGUUGGUAUUCUUUAUCAACUGAUCAUGCAUAUAUGCUCAUAUGAUUUUGAAAUAGUGCAACAAA